UUCUUGGCUUCAAUUAUAUAUUUAGCACAAUUUUAAAGGCAAGAAAAGAGUAUAAAAAGGGGGUUUGGAAUGAAAACGAGAAUAAGAAGAAGCGACACAAAGAAAGAGAGAGGGGAGAGGAUUUAUUAUUUGAGAGAAAAACAAGAUAAAAGUCCGAGCGACAAGUCUCUAUUACUAUUGUCCUGCUAGACCCAAGCGGGUUGUUUCCUCGCACUUUCUUCUCUCCUUCCCCGAACCUGGAAAACCUUAAAAAGUCAACAUCAAUAUCUUCAUCUAAGUAUAUAGCCUAUUCAAUCCAAAACAAAUUGAAAGUGCAAAAGACAAGGAGUUAUCGGAUAUGGGAAACUGCUUUGGAACUCAGGUUGAUCAUCAUAGCCAAUGCCCCACAAAACCCUCUAGCCCAGAAGAAACGAAAAAACUGCAAGACAGCAAACAAAAUGGACUGCCACCUGCAAGAAACAACGAGAGCGCUGGAGAUCACGGGACUUCCAGGGAAGGAAGAAGCAGGGAGCAAGAGACAGUGCCCGCAAGUGGAAAGAUUGUCAGCGCCACCUUAAAAAUAUUCACUUUAGCUGAACUCAAGGCAUCCACCAGAAAUUUCAGGCCUGAUACGGUGCUAGGGGAGGGAGGUUUUGGUAGAGUCUUCAAGGGUUGGGUUGACGAGAAAACCUACGCUCCUUCAAAGGUUGGCGUUGGCAUGGCUGUUGCCGUCAAGAAAUCAAGUCCAGAUAGCUCUCAAGGCUUGCAGGAAUGGCAGGCAGAGGUUAAAUUCUUGGGCAAGUUCUGCCAUCCGAAUCUCGUAAAGCUCUUGGGAUACUGUUGGGAGGAGAACCAGUUCCUACUUGUCUAUGAAUACAUGCAAAAGGGAAGCUUGGAAAACCACCUUUUCAGAACAGGAGGAGCAGAACCUCUUACAUGGGAAACGCGGCUUAAAAUAGCCAUCGGGGCUGCUCAAGGCUUGGCGUUUUUGCAUACAUCAGAGAAGAGUGUAAUCUACAGAGACUUUAAAGCCUCAAAUAUUUUGCUGGAUGGGGCCUACAAUGCAAAACUUUCAGACUUCGGGUUGGCAAAGUUGGGUCCAAUAAAUGGAAACUCGCAUGUAACCACGAGGGUUGUGGGCACUUAUGGUUAUGCAGCUCCUGAAUAUGUCGCCACAGGUCAUUUGUAUGUGAAAAGUGAUGUAUAUGGUUUCGGAGUUGUGCUGUUGGAGAUGUUAACGGGCCUAAGGGCCCUGGAUACAAAUCGUCCCAGCCGUGAGCACAAUUUGGUGGAAUGGGCCAAACAUUCACUGACAGAGAAGAGAAAGCUCAAGAAAAUAAUGGACCGCAGGCUAGUAGAGCAAUACCCACUCAAAGCUGCAUUGCAAGCAGGCGAGCUUAUUGUAAAGUGUCUGGAAUCUGAUCCCAAAAAUCGUCCAUCCAUGGAAGAGGUGUUGGAGACGUUGCAAAAGAUCAGUGCCAUCAAUGAAAAGCCUAAAGAGAGUAAAGCUAGCACAUCUCAGCAAAAGUCUAAGCGCCAAGAGGAACAACAAUGCCAUCGGAACAACCAUCGGUCUCCGGUUCAUUCUAGGCACGGUGGUGCUGGCACUGGAACACGAAAUACUCAACGCUCUUCCAUAGCUAGGUCACACCGAUAAUUACAGUUCCAGAGAUGUGCAUGUGACAUAUUGUUAUUAUUCCCAGUCAUGUAAGCUUAAUUUCAUAAAAAAUUUUCCACUAUUUUUUUGUAACUCUCUUUGGACUCAUAGGCAGCUUAAGAAUAUGUAUAAUACAUUACAGGUGUUACUUGAGGCCUAGUUUUAUGCCAAAAUCAAGAGCCUUUCUCUUUGUAACUUUAUAAUAAUUAAUCACAAUGACAAAUUUCCUGCCUUUAAUCUCCAGGCAAACAAUCACAGUUAUUGGGCCUUACGCAUCAGGGAUUUACUUAAUAACCGAAAAAAAAA